ACAUUUGCAGAGUCACUCCAGAACAUCCAGAGCAUCACAAGAAAAGAUAUGGGAGGAGAAGAAUCCAAACCAGCCCCACCCCCACCCACACCUCCACCUUCUCCUUGUUUAAGACAGCCAUGGAGGACUCUGCCGACGAGCACUGAGGACAAUCUCAACUUCAUGAAAUCUUACCAACCUCGAAACAAAGGAAUCAAACAUCUCAGGAUUCUGCUUCAUGGACCGGUCGGUGCCGGCAAGUCCAGUUUCAUAAACUCUGUUGAAAGUGCUUUGAGAGGCGUUGUUAUAAAUCGAGCUUUGACGGAUGCGACCUCUGGGAGCAGCUUCACCCUAAAGUACCAAACAUACAAAAUUCAAAAAGAUGAGCAGAGCUUCUAUUCUAUUGUUUUCAACGACAUCAUGGGCUUGGAGGCAAACCUCAACAAUGGAGUCCAGGUGGAAGAUGUCAAACUGGCCCUGCGGGGACAUGUGAAAGAUGGUUACAAGUUUCGUACUAAUGGCCCACUGACAGAGAAUGACCCGGGCUAUGAAUCCAACCCCUCUCUGGAUGACAAAGUCCACGUGCUGGUCUGUGUGGUUCCUGUCAGCUCAGUCUCUCUGUUAGAUCACAAAGUCGUGCAGAAGUUAAGAGAAGUCAGACUAGCUGCAAGUGAUCUGGGAAUUCCCCAACUGGCCAUCCUCACCAAAGUUGAUACAGCCUGUCCUGAGGUCAGAUCAAAUAUUCACAACUUGCACAAGAGCAAGUACCUGAAGGAAAAGGUGGAAAAAUUCAGUGCAAUGCUGGGAAUUCCCAUCAACUGCAUCUUCCUGGUGAAGAACUACGAGUCAGAAAUCAACACGAGUGACGACAUCAACGGGCCGAUACUGACCGCACUGAGACAGAUGGUAAACUUCGGAGAAGACUACCUCAACUACAUGUAGACCGUCUCACUGCUGAGGCAGACGAUGCGUGAUGAAGGAACGUCAACACAAACCUGUAACUGUAACCUGCUGUGUGAUUUUCAGUUAUUUGUCAUUUUGUUAUUGUAUGAUGGAUAUAUCAUGUGAUGUAAGGCGUGAUUGAUUCAUUGAUGGUUAAGACAAGAGGAAACAAAGAAUGGAUUUCCUGACCGUUCUUAGUUGAGUUUGACAUUUUGUAUUUAUUAAUGAUGACUGUGUAAGAGGUACAAAAUCAAAAGAGGGACACAAUAUUUAUAUUGUGUAUUAAAUUGUAUAUUUGCAUAAACCAUUGCAAUCAAGUAAUUCUGAAUAUUUACAUUAUGAAAAUGAAAUAAAGAAACUUUUUUGUAAUUCUGCAUGAA